AUGUCGGGCACAAUGCGCGAGUCUCCGUCGGACUUUAGAAAUGGAGAUUUGAUAAGUCGUUUAUUAGCAGCCACGCCACCGUAUCAAACCAACUCUACGUUUGUACCACCGGGAUUAUAUUUUAGCGAAAUGCUGAAAAGAUUCGUUCAGGCAAAAUCUUGUGUACCCUUAUCCUUAAAUAAAAGAGGACGAAAGCGGACCUGGAAGGAUAGCGGAAAGGCCGAACUACCGUCUGAAGCCAAGCAAAAGAAAAUGGAUUUCGUACCAAUACCGCCACCCUCACAAACGGAACCGCAAUUUCCAUUAUGGUAUCCUCCAUUUUAUCCAUCUACUUAUCCGCCGGUGUACUUUAAGACUCCGGAAGCGGAACCGCUGAACUUACAAAUACGUUCGGAUCCGUUAAAGCAGGACAGACAUUAUUCGGCGUUCCGUGUACCCGAACCGUCCAAAGUCGAAGAACUCGAAAACAUCAGCAAUAAACAGGGGACGAGUUAUUUGAUGGGAAACUUGACGAAAAUAUACAGGCAAGUGGCGCCGGAGGAGGAAAAAAUCAUCGAUGUGGAGGGGGAUGGUCCUGAGACAGCGCAAACCGAAGGUGGCGAAAAAAAAAACUGUAAGGAUUUAACGGCUCUAAUCGGAUUAGAAUUAGUUGUAGAUUACGUGAAACACGGAAAUAAUAAAGACGGUCAAAAUGAUCAAAAUGUAAAGUGUUGCCAAAAUGCAUAG